ACUCUCCCAAGAAAAAAAGAAACUCUCUAGCAAUACACACCAAACUGAGCAUGUGCAACUUGCCCCUGAUCCUCUGUUCUAUCAGGAGAUAUUUAGGAGACACUGGAAGAAGGGAAAAAUCAGAGACAGGAUCAAACAUCAUGUUUACACAGUCUGGAGGAUUAACCCCUUAGGUUCCACAGUGCGUAUAACAAGUAUGCUGUACUGCCAGGGGCGGACUGACCAUUUGGAAAUUCGGGCUCUGCCCGAGGAACCGGGCUCAGUAGGGGGCCCC